AUGUUUCUGAAAAAUAAGGAAAUCUCCUCAAUUGACACAAUGAGUUAUAGAUAUAAUAUCCUCGUGGAUAAAAGCUUACGUAAGGCUGAUGCAAAUGUUUUAACAAAAGAUCAACCAAAGAAGGAAGUAUUGAACUCAAUUUUUUUCUAUUCCAAGAUUUUUGCCUUUACCCUCCUGAUUUGGGCUUCACAAUGUUCCUAUAGCCAUACCAAUUUUAGCAGUUCGCAUGAUGAGGUGUACACUGCAGGAAUCGUAGAAAACGCAGCUUUCAACAGAUGCUUAGCAUCAAAUAAACCACGAGGAAACAAUCCACCAAACCCACAUGGAUCUUAUAUGUCAGAAGGCGCCAAUGGUCAACAGAGUCCAUCAACUUCACAGGGUGCACCACCCUCACCUGCACCCCAACAAGCAGAAGCUGGAGGAGCAGCACCUUCCGAGCUAAAUAUCGACAUUGAACAAAAAUUAAAGGACUUGAAAGAUGUCAUUUGGGAUAAAGUAGAGAAUGCAGUUGAAUGGGGAACCCUCUCAGAUAAUGUAAAGGGUUAUUUAGGAAAAAUCGAUUUAAACCUUGAAAGCAAAAUUCUUGAUGAAGUUAACAAAGCCAACAGAAAUAGCAAUUUAAUGGAAAUUCCAGAUUGCAGAACGCAGAUAAUCAAUAGUUUCUCCCAGAAUUAUACCAUUAUAACUCCACCCCUAUUGUUAUUAAUCUUAUCCAUUUUGACAUCCGACAGAUGUAAGAAGCAUCUGGCAAACGUAUUGUUGACAUCUGUUCUAGUAACAUUAACUUAUAUCUUCUUUAAGCUGAAAAAAAUUGAUGAUAUUAAAAAACAAAGUGCCAAUGCUGACCAGAGCCAUAAGAACGAUAGUGGAUAUACUGGUAAAAAGGCUAAGGAUAAAACUAAAAGUGCCCGUGACUAG